CACCGCUUCGGCACAACAGUCGCCAUGGAUUGAUGGAGAAGAAGACACAGAGGAGAGGAGCUGUGAAUUGUUAAAUCCACAGUUUUAACCGUCGAAAUGAGGUCUGAGUCAGGGUCACAGAGACCCGCCCACUUGGGUACCAUCGACCCGGCUCCAGAAGUUGCUGAAUAUUUUAUUGUACUCAUUUUGUUGAAUAAUUUAUGGGGGGAGGGAAACGAAGCAUCUCAAGACGGGAAGUGGGUUCAUCGCGGCCCCUCACCAAUUUUUCUACCACUUGAGGAAAUCUUAUUCCAUUCUGAGUAUUCUACCAAUUCCCUUCAACAUCAUCCAUCAGCAACAGGGUAAGGCCGAAAAAGGGGAAAAAAAAUAAUAACCAUCAGCAAAAGGGUAUUGUUAUUUUCUCUCCUUAGCCCUUGCCUCUGCAACUUUGACUUCACCAUCCACAAAUCCAAUCGUCAAAAGAGUUGUUUUUUUUUGUCUGUGUUGGGUCCCCUUUGAUUGGGUAUUAGAAUCUCAACACUCUUCCUCCAGCCGCCUUUGUCUGGAUGUCUUAUAUUUCUAGAGAAGCACAGAUAAUUUCUGUGGAGGUGAGGAAGAGGUCGUAUAUGGGACAGGUUGUUUAAAGCUUUUCUGAGGUCCCUCUUGUUAAUAUUCCUGCUCUGGGGACAGAUUUUUUCGGGGUCGUCUUCUGGGGAACUACAGCACUAUUAUAUUUGGAUUUGGGUAUCUUCAAAGAAUCAGCGAAGAGUAUAUGGUGAGUGAUUCUAUGUUCCCCUUUCCCCUUCCCAUCAAAUAUGUUUAUCUCCUUUUCAGAAUUUGUUUUUGGGUUUUUAUUGUUCGUUUAUUAUAUUGGUUUAGCUUUGGAGAUAUGGGUUUUUGGGGAUACUGUUUUCAGGAGUAUUUCGUUUUUCCUGGGAAUAAGGAUAAAAUCUUGUA